CCGUAGAGGAUCUGUGAUGAGGAAGUGAACCUGUGACUCUCCGCCAGCUCCGGGCUUCACGUGUCUUCAUGUCACAGCUGAGAAGAGCCUGACGUUUCCAGAGUUUAAAAGCUGCUGCAGACUCACUUCUCUCCAGAGGAUGGGCUCUCGAAUGAACAAUGUGUAUACCUUCUAUAAAAGAGCUGCAGAGAAUCCAGAUCAUAAUCCAGGUCCCCCUCCUGCUUGCUUUUGACGAUCUGCCAAACAUUUGGAGCUGAUUCUCCAGCUAUCAUGAUGGAAAAUAGGCAGAAAGGAUCGCAACUCGCUGGCAGCGAGAGAGUUAGAGAGCAAACAUCAAGGGGAAUCAAGUUGGAAAACAUAAUAAGUCAUCGUGCUUGCAGCGGAGUGAAAAAGAUGGUGUGAAAAUAGGAAAGAAAAUCUUCAACACCUUCUGGAGUUAUGACUGACAGCUGUGGCUGGUGCAGAGAGCCCUGAGCCAAGCCCCAUCACAUAACGCAUGCCCGACAUGUCCAUGUCCAUCUGGGGGUCCACUCUUCAAACCACAAGCCCCCUCGUUGCUCUCUGCCGGCAGAGAGACAGAGGGACAAGAGGAGGAACAGGGCGUGAAGACGGGCCUCUCAGGGCUCGGAGCGAAAAGCAUCCAAAGCCAGCUGGUCUGGCUUUGAGGUAAAUCGAUGUGCAGAGUGAAACAAAACCAGCAGAAAGAAGAGGACGGGUUGCAGGUAGAACGAAAAGGAGAGACAAAGAAAGUUAAUACGCGCAGGAGAAGGUCGGAACAGCAGGUUCUGUGAAGGUGUCUGUGCAGCAGCAGCAACAACAACAAACAGGUCGUCCUGUGGAUUGUGGCUUGGUCUUGUUAAAGCGCAAAGAGUGUAUCGAGAAGAGUGAAAAAGCGAAUAUAAGAAGAAAGACUUUUGCACAAUGUGCUAGGAGAGUGGAGGAAGAAAGAGUGUUGUUUUUCUGAUAUUGUUGAGGUGUCAGAGAGACCGGAAAGGAACGCAGCCAUGGGGCGGAAGAAGAUACAGAUCACCAGGAUCAUGGAUGAGAGGAACAGGCAGGUUACCUUCACGAAGAGGAAGUUUGGCUUGAUGAAAAAGGCGUACGAGCUGAGCGUACUGUGUGACUGUGAGAUAGCCCUCAUCAUCUUCAACAGCUCUAACAAACUGUUCCAGUACGCCAGCACUGACAUGGACAAAGUGCUGCUGAAAUACACAGAGUACAAUGAGCCCCAUGAGAGCAGAACCAACUCUGACAUUGUAGAGAAAUUGAGAAACAAAGGCCAUAAUGACUGUGCUAGUCCUGAUCCCGAUGACUGUUUCGGGCACAGCCCCCUCAUGGACGACCAUUUCGGCAAACUAAGCGAAGAGAGUGAUUUAAUGUACAAGCGCUGUGGUGCGCUAAACAAGAAAGAACACAGAGGUUGUGAUAGCCCGGACCCCGAUGCCUCAUAUGUCCUCACUCCUCACACAGAAGAAAAGUAUAAAAAAAUUAAUGAGGAGUUUGAUAAUAUGAUGAGAAAUCAUAAAAUCGUAAGUACUGUAAAUGCACUGUUUUUGCUUGGCUUUGUGUUGGCAUGCUGGAUACCACAGACCUUUCAGUACCAAGAGGUGCGGGCUCCAGCCCAGCGGGUGCAUCUGACCCCCCCCCCAAACCCCUCUACCCUGGCAGCCCUUAAAAGGCUAGAGAGGGUCUGGAACGGUUUCGUUAACCCCAGGGGCUCCCCCGGCCUCCUCAGCACACCCAGCGGCAACGGCCUGGGCAAAGUCAUGCCCACCAAGUCUCCACCGCCCCCCGGAGGGAACAUGGGGAUGGGAAACCGCAAGCCAGACCUAAGGGUUGUUAUCCCUCCAUCGAGCAAAGGGAUGAUGCCCCCACUGUCGGAGGAGGAGGAAAUGGAUUUGAACACCCAGAGGAUAAGCAGCUCCCAGUCCACCCAGCCGCUGGCCACUCCAGUUGUGUCUGUCACCACCCCCAGCUUACCCCCACAGGGCCUGGUCUACUCAGGCAUGCCCACCUCCUACAACCCCGCCGAGUACUCCCUGAGCAGCGCAGAGAUCUCUUCCCUACAGGGCUUCAGCUCUCCUGGGCUCUCAUUGGGCUCCAUGUCGGCAUGGCAACAGCAUCAACUGGGCCAGGCCGCUCUUAAUUCUUUGGUUGGCGGAGGUCACCUAACUCAGGUCUCCAACCUAUCCAUCAACACCAGCCAGAGCAUAAACAUCAAGUCUGAACCCAUUUCGCCGCCGCGGGAGCGCGUCACCCCGUCCAGCUUCCCCCAGCAGCAGCCGCAGCAGGGGUCCAGCCGACAGGAAGUUCUGGGACGCUCACCUGCCGACAGCCUCAGCUCCUCCUGUAGCUCGUACGAUGGAAGCGACCGCGAAGACCACCGGCCAGACUUCCACUCCCCACUGGGGCUCGGCAGACCCCCUGCUGGCUCUGAAGACAGGGAGAGCCCCUCGGUCAAGCGCUUGCGCAUGGACACAUGGGUGACAUAAAGAGCCCCGAUCACACCUCCAGUCACCAGCCAGUUAGAGAGAGAGAGAGAGGGAGGGGUUAGACAUGGAGAUGAAAGAAAGAGCAAGGGUCCUUUGAGCAAUUAUUAUGAUACUAUUAUUCAACUCCAUUUUCAAUUUGUGAGACUGAGAUGUAAUAUAUCUGAAGUCAAUUGUCAAACUGAUGCAGUAAGAUUUAAAAAGAAUCAAAUCUCAGUGAGUUGGGCUGAAUUAAAUGCACAAGCGGGGGAUAUCAGGUACUUGGUGCAAUUCAGACUUUUUGCGGAAGAAAGAAAAUUGUUCAUCAAUAGGCAGUAGAUUAUCGUAGUCACUGGUCUAGUCAGACACUUACAUGUAGUUGCUGUUUUGCUGUUGUGCUUGCAUGUUGCAAACAAUCAGAGGAAGUCGUGUUGCUUUCAGGCUGAGGACCCUUAAAUACCACGUUCACUGCAAGAACUAUCUUUUCAAAAAAAAUCAUGCUGUAACCACACAAGACCUUUAUCUCAAGUGGCCUCUCGUGAUUUAUCGACUCAGUCGAUCAGGAGACACAGACAGCAUGGAGUUAACUAAUACUACACAGGAGUGAUGGUCACAUGACAAACAGACUACUUUAGUGAAUAAAUGAAACCGUACCUGUUGGGGGAGGUAAAAACAAAAAAGCAACAGAAUUUAUUGCAAUAAUAACAUACUUAUUCAUUUUAUAAUUUAAAAGAGUAGGAUAUACAGUCUAAAUGUGCAAUUAAGAAAACCUGUCCAGUUGAACUGGUGAGAAAAUCAACAUGUUCACAUUUGUAUAACAGUUCGUCAGUAAUAUAAGCCAAAGCUGUUUUCUUUUGUUAUUUUGUACAGUUGCUUUGGUUUCCUAACAGGUCACUCCAAAUGCACCGUUUCUUCGCCAUUGUUUUUUUUUUUUUUUUAAUUGUGCUUUAUUACAAACAGUGUAAAGUCAUGUACGCCACAUCAUGAAUCGAUAUUCUAAAGCCAUGAACAUUUGCUUGUUCUGUUUGUAUGAUUGAAAAUUUGAGCCAAACAUUUUUCUUUUUGUUGUGUAAAUAGCAACUUUAAUAUAUAUCACCAGUGUGUGGGUACAUGCUGAAUGUACUGUACGACCACCGUUUUCAAGAAAAGUAUAUUUUUGUGGAUUACAGCCGAGUUUACAAGAGUAGACCCUUAAAAAAAAAGUAGAUCAUUCACUGGUCAAUAUUUGCUAUUGUGUUCAUUUUACUGUAAUCUCUUCUAAAUUUAAUUAUCGACAUAAUCUCCUGUACGUUUUAGUUUUUUUCUCUCUCUCUCUUUAUUAGUGGUGACUGUUUGUCCUGAAGACAUUGUAAUAACAAUGCUGUGAGGUUGAAGUUCUACUAUUUUCAUAUUUAUGAAGGAUGAUCACAAGGCUAAAGGGGAAAUAGGGUUUCCUCCCCUCCUAUUGUGUUAGCUCGUGUUAGUUGUAUACCAGCAGCUGCGGAAUACACUGCCAACAUUUAAACCCAAUGUCCCACAUCCAAGAAUGAUCUACUGUUACAGCAUGAGAGACGUGGCACCUCUCAGGCCUUUUCCACUGUCCUUUUACUGGCAUAAGCAGAAGACAUAAAUGCGAUGGAGGCGGCUGCUGACCUUCACACAAAUCUGAUCCCGUCGUUGUUGUAAAUAUCUCAGUCUACUUGAAAUAAUUAUGUACAAAAAUACUCAUCCGUUUCCUUUAAUUGGCUACUGAAAGUGGAUCUCAUAUCAAUAAGUAGUACGAGUGCUGCAGGCCUAUAGGAACCUUAGGAGCUAGAAAAGUGAAAAUCUGAAGGCGCUGAAGUCGUUUGCAUGAAAAAUGCUGCAACACAAGGUCGAUGUCUCAACUGCCGCACUUUGCAGGUGGCGUGAAAAAAAGGAGACGGUGACUUGUUUCCUUCUCAGUCGUCGCAGAAGCAAAUAAAUUCAGCAGCUAAUUCACAACAACAACAACAGUGCAACGUCAUCGACUUCAAUCUCACUGCACACCCGUGUAUGAGACGUUUGCUGUACGAGAGCGAGGUAUCACUCUGCAUUCACCGCGACAUGUCUUGUGUGCGUUUGUCAGGUUUCUGUUCUCUUUGCCCCAUUGUCACAACAUAGAAGUUCUCAUUCAAAGCCCAUGAUGAUGAUCUAUGCAGUUUUAACCUCAAUUCCCAUUAUAUAUAUCUAUAUACACAGAAUAUGAUGUCAUUACAGGUCACAUGUAGUCCACAUAGCAUUAGGAAGAAGAGCACCAGAGGACAGACUGUUGAGUGGCACAGCUUGACGAGGCUGGACUUCUCGAUGCACAGAACACAUUUUAUGAAAUGAUUGAUUUGGAUCCCCGGGGCAAUCUCUUCAUGUUCAUGCACAUUAAGUAGACAUCCCAUGAUGCUUAGUGAUUCAUAAUGUAAAUCCAGGGGAAAAUAGCAAUAAUAAACAACAAAACUACAACAACAAAAAAAUGUGUCUGCCCGUCUUGGCAGCAUCACCUCGUAGUUGAGCACAUACUUUAGCACUUGAUAACAUAUCAGGGAAUUUUGUAGUUUACCUAUAUGCACAGUUAGGAAAUGCCUUAUCCCAAAGAAAAAAUGACACCACUUUUAUUUUCUAAACACAGAAAUCACUCAAACGUGACCAGACCUGAAGACAAGAAAAUGCCUUGGUGAAUGCACCGCGAUACGCUCGGCUCUCUUGGGUGUAUGUCCAAAUUCUGCACAACUAAUGAAUGUGAAAGGAAUGGCUAACUAUGUGACUUUCUUCACUUUGCUGUGCAAAAGUACACUGCUUCGCUUCAUGGCUUUUAUAAAAACAGAACUACGUGUUUGGUAAGUGUUUGUAGUUGAUAGUUCACUUAACUAAAGAAGCUGUUUUCGGUCUGGACGCUCGGAUCGUUUGGCGGCACAAGCUGGACUUUGUUGCCAAUAAUGAAAUUAUUUGUUUCGGAAUUUAAAAGAGAUUUUAAGUUAAUCUACAUUUUAUUUCCCUUAAAUGUGUUAUUUUAUUUUCAUCAUACGAUAAAUAUUCAAGUGAUCUUUUUAUUAAAACAAUUAAGAUACUAUGCUAGCUAUUGUUGUACAAAAUUUGUAUUCUUCACAAAAGUACAAAUAUUGGCUUUCAAUGUGUAAUUUAGGUGAUCUCUUUUAUUCUGUAUAAAAUGAAGUAAACAACUCUUACAUAGAAUUUGUUCUCCUGUGAAGUCCCAAACAGUAGAAACUGUCAACUUUAUUAAACACCUCAGUGUAUGCUCAAUCUGAA